AUGUUCCGGAACUUAAAUCCUACGAUCCUGAUUUUGCUUUUUGACUCAACUAUUUCUCUCUCAAAACACGUAUUUGAAAAAAGUUUAGAAAAAAUAUGUUCAAAUGAUGAUACCGAACGAUCAAUUUUCCUUUCGAAACUUAAGAAAUUUUUUGAGCUUCAAUUUGAAGAGAUGAAUAAGAUCAAAGCUAAUUCGAAGUUAGUGCGUAAUAGAAAUGAUUCUAAUUUUAGUAAAGCCACUAAUUUUAAAGAUAAGAUUUUACGUGGUCCAAUGUAUAGAGUGAGACAACAAUGUGAUUAUGUUAUUGACGCGUACUUCGAACAUUUAACUAAACUUGAAAAAAAACAACUUGAAUCGAAUGAAAGUGAAGAUGAAGAGAAAAAUACAAAGAAGAGGAAACGUGGAGGAAAAUAA